CAUGAAAACAACUCUGCAUUAAAAAAACUGUCACUUCUGAGAGGACACUUUCAACAGGCAGAGAGUAUUUCAACACCUUCACAGAAACAAGGUGAUUCCUGGAUAGAGUGGAGUGGAGAGUCAUGUCGUCACUGGAAGAGAACCAGACCUGUCAGGAAAAGGAAAAGGUCGAGGAAGACUUGAGUCUCAGACCAUUGGAUCACCCUAACAAGGCAAAGAAGCUGCAUAGCUGUGAGCACUGUGAAAAGACCUUUGAUUUACCAUUCAAGUUAAAAUGCCACCAGCAGAUCCACACUGGGGAAAAGCCAUUUCCUUGUGACCAGUGUGGGAAAACCUUUUCUUAUUCAAGUCAUUUGAAAUGUCAUCUGCGGAUCCACACUGGGGAAAAGCCAUUUCCUUGUGACCAGUGUGGGAAAACCUUUUCUCGUUCAAGUAAUUUGAAACUUCAUCAGCGGAUCCACACAGGGGAAAAGCCAUUUCCUUGUGACCAGUGUGGGAAAACCUUUUCUCAUUCAAGUCAUUUGAAAUGUCAUCUGCGGAUCCACACUGGGGAAAAGCCAUUUCCUUGUGACCAGUGUGGGAAAACCUUUUCUCAUUCAAGUCAUUUGAAACGCCAUCAGCGGAUCCACAAUGGGGAAAAGCCAUUUCCUUGUGACCAGUGUGGGAAAACCUUUUCUUGUUCAAGUAAUUUGAAACGCCAUCAGCGGAUCCACAAUGGGGAAAAGCCAUUUCCUUGUGACCAGUGUGGGAAAACCUUUUCUCAUUCAGGUAAUUUGAAACGCCAUCAGCAGAUCCACACUGGAGAAAAGCCAUUUCCUUGUGACUAGUGUGAGAAAAGCUUUUCUCAGUCAGGACAUCUGAAAGGACACCAGCGAAUCCACACAAGAGGGCAUCAGUAACAUGUGUGACCAGUAGAAAGAGAGAUUGCGUGUCAUUAUCAGCAUAUUUACAUUGAUGUCGCCAUAAAUAAAAGUAAUUUUACUGGGUCAAAGGUUCAAGCCCAAAACCAUUGUUUCAAUAAUAAUAUUCUGCAUUCAA